ACCUCCCUCCCUUCCCACUGCAGUGGCAGUCCCUUGUUUCUUGGUACCUUGUCUCCAUUCUCUACUUUCUGGUCUUUGAUCUCACUCAUGUCUGUGCUGUGCGCGGACGUCCUUGCUGUCGCCCUGUUUUGUUGCUGCUUUCUCUAGGUCUUUCCGCGGCAGACGUCGAGACAGCCACCGAGCUGGUUCAUUCCUUUACCCGCCUUGACCUUGUGCUGUCUCUCACCACAUCCACUCUUUGCAGUCUACUUGCACGGUCGCCGGCGAACCUUGCAAGACGUCUCUCUUUAUAUCCCUUGCCUGGACGUCUCCCCUGGCAUUAUUUCACUCUUUAGCACGAGAACAGCGACAUUUGAGUCUUUUUCGUACUCCAUACAUCCUCCGCAUUCGUUCAAGGUGCCGGAAUAGCAAGAUAGCAUCAUGGCCGACGUAGCCGUUAUGCAUCUUGAGCCCGAGGUGUUUCCAGAGAAUAUCCCCUUGCCAAGGAGUUCAAUGAUUACCGUUCGACUAUCAGACAUUCAGGAUAAUGCAUCUGUCUCUUAUGGGGAUGAAGCAGAUGCUACACAAACCUUAUCUGCACCACCGAGUCGUCCCUCCUCUACACGAUCUAGCCGAGCCUCGUCUCAGACUUCAGACAGUUCGACAUCCAUAAACACAGUCGACUGGGAUGAGUUGGAAAAGACGGAAGAGCAGGAACCCAAAGAUGACGCUACAGACGAGUCAACAGCCUUGUUGCUGGCCCGAUUAGAGAAAGAGAACGCGGCUUUGGCAACCGACCCUAAAGCUGGCAUUACCACCCCGACUCGACCUCGAAAGAAUACCAGACCCCCCUCUGUACAACAAUUGAAGAGAAUGGUUAGCGGACCGCAAAGGCAGUCUUUGAGAUACUCGCUCCUGCCUGCCCCACCCAUGACCGAGUUGGAAUUUUGGGCUGCCUUGGUCCAGGACUAUGCUCAGACCGCCCAAAGGUUGCCAACCUUGACCACCAAGAAGAUCCGAGGAGGUGUCCCACCACCUCUGAGGGGUGUGGUGUGGCCAAGUGUUGCCCGGGCCCAUGACGCCCUCCUCCAUUCCGAGUAUCAAAGACUGUCACAACAGCAGAGCCCCUAUGAUGGGUUGAUUGGAAAAGAUGUUGGAAGAAGCUUCCCAAAUGUUGAUAUGUUUCGAGAAAAGGACGGUGAAGGUCAGAGGAUGCUGGGCAAGGUUCUUAAGGCAUUCAGCUUAUACGACGACAAGAUUGGAUACUGCCAAGGCCUUGGAUUUGUUGUUGGGCCUCUUUUGAUGCACAUGAGCGAGCCCGAGGCCUUUUCUGUGUUGGUCAAGCUCAUGGAAAACUACGACCUACGCUCUUGCUAUCUACCCGACCUCUCUGGACUACAUCUUCGAAUUUACCAAUUCCAGCAACUGCUCUCCAGACAUCUUCCCGAGCUAUCCAAUCAUCUCGACCAUCUCAAAGUUGAACCACUCUACGUUUCCCAGUGGUUCCUGUCCUUUUUUGCCGUCACCUGUCCGCUGCCCAUGUUGCUCAGAAUAUACGAUGUCAUCCUCUCCGAAGGCGCCACCGAGACACUAAUGAGAGUUGCGCUCUCCCUGAUGCAACGCAAUUCAAAGAAAAUCCUCGCAUAUACAGAAUUUGAAGAUGCAAUGCAAUUUCUCCUGUCAAGAAGUCUUUGGGAUACCUAUGCUCAACACGCCGAGGAUCUUGUGACUGACUUUGUGUCCUUGACGGCGCUAGUGACGCAAGAGUCACUCCAGUUACUAGAGACCAGUUUUCGGCAAUCCCAGACCAUUACUCCCGCACCAUCUUUGAAGGGCGCAGCAUCGUCAUUUUUGGGUCGUUUCUGGGCUGGAUCCUCUCACGCUGCAUCUCGGUCAGCCAAUCUCAGCCUGCUCAUUCCCGGCGCCAACAGAUCGAUUCGAAAGUCCUCGUCAGGGCAAAGCCUGACAUCAACGGUCAAUUCGGUCGAGUCUUCAAUCUCCGAUGCCAGUACCGCUGCGACAGAGGUCUCUGAAGCAUUGGUCGCAAAGCCGGUCACUGUUGCACCGGUUGUGAUCGACAUCACAGCGGCCUCAUUGGGCCCCGACUCCAACCACCGGGCUCUGCAUCAUCAGAUUGAAGAGCUGUUGACGGAGUUAUCCAAGGUUCAACGGCAGCAGGCAGAAAUGACACGAGAACUGCAACGAGAGCGAGAGGAGCGAGAAGAGGAACGGCGUCUCUCACACGCGGUGCUUUCUUGCCUGCGAAAACAGACUGCAGAGAUUCGAGAGCUUGCUGGGAGUGGCACCAGCGAACACGACGCAGCACUGGAUGAAUUGAUGGCCACAGCUGGCAAUCGAUUCCGUGAAGGAGAGGCGUCUAAGAGAGGAUCGAUCAUCCAGUCCAAGCACCAGUUGCGAGAUGUUGCUUCGGAGUGGCAGCAGAAGCAUGAGAUUGAAGUGGUCAAGUGUCGAGGGCUGAUGAAACAGCUAGACGAACGAGAGCUGGAGCACAACAUCCUCAAGGAGAAUCUGCGGGAAGCAAGGUCGCGAAUACAAGAUUGCCACCGAGACAAACAGCGCUUGGAAAGAACGGUGGCAGAACUGAAAUCUCGCAACAGCUCGAGUCCGGAAUCUCCAGCUGAUCUCUACACUCCAAUUAGUGAAUUCCCAGACCUGCGAGCUCCAUCACAAAAGGCCGGCCUUCGAGAGCUGCGGCUUGGACGACCAGAACCUACCCGGUCUGCGAGCAUGGGACCCUUUUCGAAACGAUCCAGUAGCCUCAAUGCGCAGGCCAUCCUUUCAACCGAAAAUCACGAACCCGUUGGCAACGAUGCACUUUUGCUGGAAUUAGUUAAUGCAAAGACCGCCGAGGCGGUGGCUCGGCAAGAGUUGGAAGAGACCAAGGGAAAGUUAGAUGCCCUACGCAAGAUAUUGACAGGGUCAACAUCGUCGCCCAGCGUGCGAGGCACACCAGUUGAAUCAACGUCACCGUCCACAUCUACUGCGACAAGUCCAGGAACCAAGGAACAGGCCAAGCCGGCCCACACGGCUUCUGCAAGUACUGGAGGCUUCUUCAGUGGAUGGGGUAAACGUGGUUGACAAGGUUAUGCCAACUACGGAGUAGUUCUAUAUUCCUCAUCCCUGGGCUGUAAUAUGGAGCCCACUUAUCAAGGGUCAGACCAGUAAUGAUAUACGAACUUGCAUCUUUGGCGAAGUCGAAUUACUAUGAAAGCACCUACUUGUUACCCUGUUCUUACCUCCUUAUCUCCUUUGUGGUGAAUUUCUGUUGUCUAGUCUAAGUUCGUGU